AUGUCUGAUUAUUUCAGCGUGAAACCUAUUCCAUCAAAUGGAGACGCUGGAGGAGGAGGCUCCAGUGGAACUAAUACUCCUGGAAGUUCUCAACUUCCAACUCCAUCGUAUUCCCUAGCAGGAAGUAUAAUGAAUGCUGAUAAUACCUCCAUACACUCCAGUGGAUCUCAAUAUCUGAUGGAUAUGAUUCCAGAUUCAUUGACUUUAAAGGACAACGCCACAUAUUCUCACAUUAAUACCAAGGAUUUUAUAUUGCCAAAGACCGAUGUUAGAUCCCCUUAUUAUAUAGCAGUACCUAUUCCAAAUCCUUUGGCUACUGCAGCAUUGAAUAGUACUAGUUUACCCGAGGAUGGUCCAAAGGAUAGUACUGAUGACGAUGGUUAUUUCGUCAGAGAAUUUCCAACUGAUAUUUUAAUUGAUAGAUUUUAUAAAUGGAAAAAAAUCUUAAAGAGUAUUAUUGCUUAUUUAAGAGAAGUUGCAUACGCCCAAGAACAAUUUGCCAGAGUGAAUCAUCAAAUUAAAGGUUCUAUCAAAUUCCCCUUCCUAACAGAUAUACAAGAUGGUUCUAACAAGGUUGUAGAUCCAUUAUUUAAUCCAAAAUUGACUAAAAAACAACAACCUUUAACUCUGGCUCAACAGAAAGAACAAAGAGAAUUGGAAUUGCAAAGACAUUUGGAAGCAGAGAUAGAAAACCAAGGUAAUGCUCUACCUAAGAUUCCUAUCUCUUCAGUGAAUCAAACUACAAAUACUGCUGCAUCAGGUUUCAUGCAAUUCGGAUCAGGUUCUAUUCAGGAUAUUCAAGUGAUCUUAAAGAAACAUCAUCUAGCUUUAGCAACACAACAAUUUAAAGUAUCUAAAGAGAUCAUCAACGUAUUAAUUCCAAAAUUGGAAAGUUUAAGAAAAGACCUAAGUUUUAAGAUUAAAGAAAUUAAAGAAUUGCAUAGCGAUUUUAAAACUAAUAUCAAGUCUCAUAUCAAAUUAUCCAGUCACCUAUUGAAUAAAUAUAUCGCCGCAAUUAAGUUUGUUAAUAGAGGUAACCUAGAUGGUACAUCAAAUAACCCGAUUCAUUUACAUCCAAAGCAUGAUCCAUUUUUAUUAAAACUUCAACUAGAUUUGCAAUUGAAGAGACAACUAUCUGAAGAGAAUUAUCUUCAAGAGGCUUACAUCAACUUACAAACGACUGGUUUAAAAUUGGAAAAAAUCAUAUAUACAAAGAUUCAACAUUCAUUACAAAGGUAUUCCUCUUUAAUUGACGCUGAAGCUAGAUUGAUGAUUAAGAAUUUAUGUCAAGAAUUGCAACAUGGUAUGUUGUCAAAACCACCGGCAUUAGAAUGGGAUCAUUUUGUCUCACAUCAUCCAUUAUGUCUUAUGGAUUUAAAAUCAAACGAUCCUUUACCAAGACCUAGAAAGUUAUCAGAUAUUGUAUAUCCUAACAUGAAGGCUUCGAUGGCAAAAUGUAUUCGAGCUGGAUAUUUUGAGAAAAAAUCUAACUUUACAAAAGAAUUCAAGAAAGGUUAUUUCGUCUUGACUCCAAAUUAUCUUCACGAGUUUAAGAGUAGUAAUUUUUUCAAUAACCCAAACAUUUCAUCAGCGAAUGCCUCUGGUUACUCGACACCGUCUAUAUCAGUUUCAUCAUCGUCUGCACACCUUUCAAACCUUGGGGACUCAAUGACUAUGACUUCUCUGCCACCUAAUUCCAAUGCACAGGCUAGUCUUGCAAGUAGCAAAACUGGUAAUGCUAAGAAAGUCAAUUCUUUAACACCAAUCCUAAGUAUACCUCUAAAUGAAUGUACCUUAACUGAAUACACCGAAUCGUCAUUUACGCUUACAGGUAAAGCAACUUUUAUAGAAUUAGAGAGAAGAAAACCAAAUGCUAAUUUAGGAUACGGUAUGAAUGCUACUAAUCAACAUCCAUCAAACGGAUUUCCCACACCUGGAAAUAUACAUGUUAGUGCAUCUGCAGCAAGUUUAAAUCCACUUGAAAAUGAAUCAGCUAAAUAUAUUACCAAAAAAUCUGCUUCAGCCUUAUCAAAAUUAUUAUUAAAACCUGUUAGAGGAAAACAAGCCAAACAAAAAAGUGCGAAUAAAAAAGAAGUUAAAAGACAACAAGAGGAAUAUAACAGAGUAAUUGAGAAGGAAUCAAAUCAUAUUGUUACAUGGGUAUUCAAAUCUGCUCAAGAAUAUCCAACAGAAGAAGAAAAAAAACAUUUUAAAAAAUGGAUCCUAGAUUUGAAGAACCUGUGUUCUUUCAACACUACGGGGGAAAGAUUAAGAUAUAUUGAUGAAAAAAUUGGAAAAAUUCAAAGUCAACGUGUAAGGGGAAAACAUCACCACACAUCUUCUGUGGCCGAUCAAAGUGCAACUGGUUCAAUGGUAGUCUCGGAAGCUCCAUCGAUGUUUGGAACCUCUGUUAUGCUCAACCAAUCGCUAAAUGAAACUUCCAAUUCAUUACCUACUCCUAUGACUGAAACUGUACAACCAAAAUCACCUCGAGGAAACAUCAAACCUAAUUAUAUCCCAAUAGAAAAUACAGCCGCGAUGGAUUUGAAUGCCGGCUUUAGAUCUAGAAUCAACACACCAAUGAUUGAUGAUAAUGGUAAUCUAAUUACUCUUGCUGAGAAGAAACCUGCUUUUGUGAAGAGUGGAUCUUUAUCGUUGUUUGGUUUACAACCAUUACCAAAACCUGUGCAGUCUCCAAACCCGUCUAAUGGUUCUGAUCAAUAUUAUAUGAAUUCAAUUGGUUCAGGUUCAGAUGCUAUACCAAACGUUUCAAUAACUAGUAACGGUGUAAAUGUUCGUAAUUCUUCACAACCAAUACAAGCGCCUGGUAGUCGUCAUCAAAGAAAUAUAUCGUUACCAUCUACAUUUAGUGUUUUGAGUCCUGGUCAAUCACCCAGUGACCUAAGCAUGGUAUCUGACAAUAGCCAGGGUGGUUAUUUUGCUAUCCCGGUACGAAAAGAUGCCCAACCAGACUUUUCGAACCAGGGCACAAAUCAAGCACCUGUGUCGCUCUAUAAUGAGGAGCAAGUAAAACAAGCUACAAGUUUAUCGUUGUCGAGAACAUCAAGUCGUGGUCUAAGGAAUUCAAGAAAACCUUCUGCAUCCAGUAUUCAAAAUGUCAAUCUCAUAUCUGUUCCUAAAGUACAUGUGAAUAAUCAAGAGGUGAAUGCACCUCCUACUUUACCUCGUGGACCACCAGUCUUGCAGAAGCAGUUAAGCACUGGCAGUUUACCAGCAAUGGCUAACCAAGGUUCAAACACUGAAUUACACCCAAGUGGAGUUGCUACUCCACCUGCAACAGCUACUGGCGCUUCACUAUAUCAGAAGGGAAACGGCAGUGCUACAAAUUUAGGCACACCUACUCCUACUGGAGCUAGAGUUCAUUCAUACCGAAAACAUAAGAAAAAUGUAUCGUUUGGGUCACUUAACAGUUUGAUGUUUUCAAAGAAAAGUGGGGCAUAUGCUUACAGUAGCGGAAAUUUAAUGAACGGUGGUAUUAUAGAAGAUGAAGAUUCCGAGGAUGGAAAGAGUACACAUGGGAGCAUCAAAUUGAACCAAUCAAUAUAUCAAUAA